AUGGACAAUGCUCCGUACCAUACGGUACAAAUAAAUAAACCACCAACCGCAUAUGGAAAAAAAUCAGAUAUGAUAAAGUGGUUAGAAGAGAACAAUAUCCAGCACGCAGCCACCAUGAAGAAAUAUCAACUGGUGGAAUUAAUACAACGAAAUAAAAGUCUGGACAAAACAUAUAAGGUAGACGAGUUAUUCAAAAGGCAUGGACAUAAUGUUCUUAGAUUGCCACCUUAUAUGUGCGAAUUACAUCCUAUUGAAUUGGCAUGGGCGAAAGUAAAAAGGAUUAUUCGAGAAAAUAAUACGUCGACACUCACAGCAAUCGAAUUAACAAAUUUGACCGAAAAAGCAAUUAAUGACGUAUCAACAGAGGACUGGGUAGGAUUUUGUAAACACGUUCAGAAAAUUGAAAAGCAAUACGUCGAAAGAGACAACGUUAUGGAAAAUAUAAUGGAGGAAAUUGUGGUUACACGUCCAAUGAACGCUACCAGUUGCACUGAUAGCAGUGAUAGCGAUACCAACAGCAGCAGCAGCAGCAGUGUUCAAGAUUAA